GGUUGGAAAAGUCAGUGAGUGUGUUUGUGUGGACUGGAAACUGGAUUGUGAGGGUGUGAAUUUGUGGAAAACUGCCGAAACUGGGAUUGAGAGUGUGUGUUUGUGUGUGCGGUUUGGGGAAGAAACGGAGGAAAAUGGCGGAAAGUCCAGUGAAAAUUUCACAUUCAGUGGUAAAUUUCAUUUGAUUUGUGCACUCAGGGACAAGUGUGGAAAAUGUGUAAGUUGAAAAGUGGUCAAUAGUGAGUGAUUGCAAGCUUGAAGAAAAUACGGCACGCGCGGGGGCGAUUUAAAGAGUGGCAGAGCUUUGAGGACAGAAGGUGCACCUGAAUUUGGCUGAAGAGGAGAUUAAACGCGAGGUGGAAAUUUCACGCAAAUUGUGGGUGUGUGUAGUUAUAGAGCAGUUGGCCAGGAAGACGUGCGAGUCUGAAAGGUGUGGAAAUAGGAGAUAUUUAAUGCGGAGGAACAUCAGGAAAUUUGCUCAAGUGUUCAAGUGAGAAAUUAUAGAGGCGCACUCUUGGAGGAAAUUGUGUGGUUUCCCAGUGUUUGAAGUGCUCCACAAGAUAGGAGAGAAGUAGAAAAAAGAGAGGAAGAAACAGAAUAUUUCACAGUAGAAAAGAAGGAGAAGGUGUCUCUGUCACUUCUUUCCUAUUAUCACGGACUUUCGGCCAAAUUAAUUUUGGCCGAAACCACAUCACAGCGGUCAAGACGUUCUGCAUCGAAGCAAUACGUACAAUGGGGUGUGCACAAUCAGCUGAAGAGCGCGCAGCAGCCGCGCGAAGUCGGUUAAUUGAACGCAACCUCAAGGAAGAUGGAAUUCAAGCGGCUAAAGAUAUCAAACUCCUACUGCUCGGGGCUGGCGAAUCAGGAAAAAGUACAAUCGUUAAACAGAUGAAAAUUAUUCACGAAAGUGGCUUCACGUCUGAAGACUUCAAACAGUAUCGACCAGUCGUGUACAGCAACACAAUACAAUCACUAGUUGCAAUUUUAAGGGCGAUGCCCAAUUUAAAUAUUCAAUAUGGCAACAAUGAGCGGGAGAGUGAUGCAAAAAUGGUGUUUGAUGUUGUCCAAAGGAUGCACGAUACGGAACCCUUCUCAGAAGACCUGUUAGCGGCUAUGAAAAGACUGUGGCAAGACUCCGGUGUACAAGAAUGUUUCUCAAGAAGCAACGAAUAUCAAUUGAACGAUUCCGCUAAAUAUUUCUUGGAUGACUUGGACAGAUUGGGGGCUAAGGAUUAUCAACCGACAGAGCAAGAUAUUCUCCGGACUAGAGUUAAAACCACUGGUAUAGUCGAAGUUCACUUUUCAUUCAAAAACUUAAAUUUCAAAUUAUUCGAUGUGGGCGGUCAGAGGUCGGAGCGAAAGAAGUGGAUUCACUGUUUUGAGGAUGUCACUGCUAUUAUAUUCUGUGUGGCCAUGUCGGAAUACGAUCAAGUGUUGCACGAGGAUGAAACUACGAACCGCAUGCAAGAAUCACUGAAGUUGUUCGACUCGAUCUGCAAUAACAAGUGGUUCACGGACACUUCGAUCAUCCUGUUCUUGAACAAGAAGGAUUUGUUUGAGGAGAAGAUUCGCAAGAGCCCAUUGACAAUCUGUUUCCCCGAGUACACAGGUGGACAAGAGUAUGGAGAGGCGGCUGCAUACAUUCAAGCACAAUUCGAGGCUAAAAAUAAGUCAACAUCAAAGGAGAUCUACUGUCAUAUGACAUGUGCCACAGAUACGAACAAUAUACAAUUUGUGUUUGAUGCAGUCACUGACGUUAUCAUAGCGAACAACCUUAGGGGCUGUGGUCUCUAUUAAAGUAAUGAGGACCGCGUGAGGGAGAGAGAGGGGAAGAGCAGAGGAAGAACUAUUAAAAACGACUCUAGAGAAUAAUUAGAAAAGAAGGUGAAAAAAUUGAAGAGAGAAAGAAAGAGAGAAACACUACAUAAUUCAACACAAAACACGAUACAACACACAAAGUGAAUGAGAGGAAAAACAACACAUGAACAUUAAACAUUAAAGAAAUUAAUUAUUAAAUUUACUAAAGAUGAUGAAAAGAUACAUAUUUAAAUGGAGAAUAUGAAGGAUGAAAGAGAGAACAUGAAGAGGAAACAAUUAUAUUCUUCAUGAUAAGGUGAAUUAGAGUGUACUAACUAGUUAAAAAAAAUGGUGAAAAGUCUAGUGAAAGAAUAUUAAAAGAGAAAAAAAAACAAUUUUAAGAACAAACGGUGAAGAGAACUAGGCAAAAAAGUGUAUAAGAAAUCUUAGCGGAAAAUUUUCAUCAAUUGGAAACAUUUUUCUUCAGUCGAUCACAUUUUUUCAGUGACUUGAGAAGCAAAAAACACUCACAAUAUUUCAUUUAUGUCUAACAUUCCUGUUUUGAACAUUGCAUUUUUAAUUUAUUAUUUAUUUUGUGUAUAGAGAAAAUGAUGAAUUGUGGAGAAAAAGUGGUAAAGAGAAGAAGGAAAAACGUGAGAAGCAGUGUUAAAUGUAGAGAAAACAAGAAGCACAACAGUCGAUAGGAAGAAGAGAACAACCAAGUAAAGGAAUUUACCUCUAAUAAGGAGAUUUAGAGAGAAUGAUUAUUUUUACUCUCAACUUUAUUUUUCAUGCCUUUGUCAUUGCAAAUUAUGCGAGAGAUUAUUUUUUGCAGAAUUUUUACAUAAAGCAGAGUAAAAGAACACACAACACUGAGCAACUGGAAACCUCAAGAUGAUUUCUUAAUGUAUUUUUUCUAAUGUAUUUUAUAGUGUUCAGACUUUGAGAAUAUUUUUUAAAUGCAUUUUCAUGUCUUAAGAACUAACAUGUAGCUUUAUGUUUUGAUAGAAUACACAAAACUCAAUUUGCAGUACUUUAAAAAUGAGUUCUUAAAGCAUAAUUAUAUCGACUUAACACACAUUCUUCAAGCAGUGGACAUUUUUUUUCUUCUUAUUUCUGUCAAAACAACAAACAGUGUCAUUAAUCAGUCUGAUUAGUAGAAUAAUUUAUUUAUUUAUUGUCUCUUGAAUUAACCAACAUGGGAAUAGUUUAAAAAGAUAAAUUUUGUGCCAAUCAAUGUUAUAAGAGGAUAAAAAUGACGAAAGAAAGAAAUACAAGAAACUUAAAUGUGUAACAAAGAGAGGAAAAAAACGAGCUCAUCUAUUUAACAUAGUGAAGAAUUAAAAACAACAAGUAAAUGAUAAAUGAAGAGUAGACAAAAUAGUUUAGUUUAUUGCAGAGAUGAAAAGAAAAGGACAUAACUUACUAUUGAGGAUGGCGAAAGAAAGAGAAAGUUUCAAAUAUUUAUAUUUAAACGUACUGUAAUAAAAGUGGACAAGAAUUUAAAGAAAGAGUAACAUACCAAAAUUCUUUAUUUCAAUAUUCUCGACAUUAUAACACAUAUUUUACGCCUGAGUAAAAACAAAUCAAGAAAAGUAUUGAAAUAAAAAUGAUAUUCGUACCAAAUAACAAAAAAAAGGAUUGAGAACACGAUAGAAAACGGAGCAAAUAUGAUGGAAAUACUGACCAAAUUGUGUUUGAUGAUGAAAAAAGAACAUAUAUUUAACGUAUUUUUAUAUAACUUAAAGAAAAAAAGAA